AUGGACCAGGACAUUCCAGAUCAUACUUUGGUUUCUCCUACCCCGACUCCAGACGAUGAGCAGCCAAUCGUUGUUGACUUCUUUUGGAAUCUAUUGACGGAGAUCUACCAUCGAUUGAUCCCUAGAUUAGUAGACAAGAAUUUGGCAAAUGACCGGAAAAAACUGCGAAAGAAAGUCACAGUCAAGUACGGUAAGAUCACAUUUUGGAUCACGAUGUCCUGUAUUUUGCUGUUGCCUGGUUGGCACCUGAUGUACAAUAGGUUCUUUUACAAAACAAUGAGCAGAGUCGCAAGACGAGUUAAGAUUGUUGCAUUGAGAAACAACUACGUGAUCUUGAACUUUGAAGUUAUUCAGAUCAUUACAUUUUGGUCUUUACUACUCUUUGGACUGAGUUAUCUGGAGAUUUAUGAGGAUUUGCAAUUCUUUGCAGCUAGACUUGGAAGAGUUGCUGUCUACACAAUGCCAACAUUGUUAUUUCUUACUUUAAGACCGUCCCCGUUGCCCAAAACUCUUUAUUUGGCUCUCAUACCCAUUCAUAAAUGGGUAUCACGUAUUGUAGUACUCCAGAGCUUAUUACACACAUUAUUAUAUGUCUACAUCUUCACUGUUCGAAAGACUUUUUAUAAAGCUUACAAGCUUGAUAACUUUUAUGGAAUUGUGGCAAUGCUGUCGUUUAUUGUCAUAUUUAUCACCUCUUUACCAAAGGUCAGAAGAUUAUCUUACGUCACAUUUUACGUCAACCAUUAUGUUUGCACUUGGGUCACGGUUAUAUUCCUCCAAUUGCAUGCACGACCCAAGAUUACUCUGCUUACAGUUACCAAUUGUGCCAUCCUUCUCUAUCAAAUUGCAUACAGAGUAUUACAUACUCGAACUACAAAACUGGACGUCAUACAAGUUUCACCCAACCUAUCUGUUGUCAUCCUACCUAAUGAAAGUAUAACGACUAAAACGGGGCUUCCAGGCUCACACCUUCGACUAAUAAGCUGGGAGAGGGGCAGAAUUCUCCAUAACUUGUGGAAAUGGCUUAUAGUUCCUCUCCAACAUCCCUACACAAUCAGCACUUUACCUAGUGAUGAAGAUCAGAAAUUAAUCAUUCGUCAUGGGAAGUUCAAAUUCGAUAUUACCAAAGAGUAUUUAAUUACAGGCUCCUUUUUGCCUCAUUUGGAUUUCUUGACCCCUGCGAGAAAACACCAAGACGAAAACUCACUGUUUUUCAAGCCCCGAUGCAAACGCUGCUUGAUAGUUGUGGGAGGAUCAGCUAUUAGUUUUGCUUUGCCAAUAAUGAGAAUUUUGUCUUACAAUGGUUGCGUUGCGAAAAUUAUUUGGGUUAUCCGAGACUAUCAAGAUAUGCGAAUCCUCAAUCACUAUAAGAAUAUCUUGGUCACCAACGAUUCCAUCGAUAUUUUCAUUACAGGAGCUUUUACAGAGGAAGACAAAGAAAUUUUCUUUCGUACUUUGGACGAGCUAUCAAGAUUAAAACGUAGGCGUGAAAACAUAGAGCAAGACCUGGUAUUAAAUAAUGAGCUAAACUUCAAUAAUGUUGAAAGUGAUCAGGAAAAGGAUUCGCAAAGGCCACUCGAUGUAUAUUCAGGUGAACCAAGCUCAAAAUCAAGGUCCUAUUAUGGUUCAAUGAGCUCACCGUUAUCUGAAGGCUCAACUGAAAAUACACACCAGGGUUUUCGAAAACAGAACUCUAUUUCAUCAAUUAACUCCAUCACACAAGAUGUACUUGAUGAAGACAAGCAGGAGAAUGUUGAUGUUGAAUUGGACAACGAAGCAUCCUACAGAUGUGAGUCUAAGAUAAGAAGGAAGCAAACAGCACCAACAGGAGCACUGUUAGAAGAUCCUUCUUCGUUUCCUCAGGGGUUCAGUGCCGGCUUAGAUUCAAUGUUUUCUGUGUAUGAUCAGCAUUCAUACGAUGUGCACGCCACUUUGGCUUGUAACCCUAACGAAAUGAAACAGAUAUGGGCUUUGUCAGAUCUAGGCUGCAAGAUUGGAUUUGGAAGACCGAAGAUGGGGCUUCAUUACUACGAGUGGUGCCUGGCAUCUUCCUGCAUUGGUCCAGUAUUGGAUUUGUAUAGCGGAGAGAAUAUCUGCUGUCAGGAAGUUAUACUGGAAGAAGAGGAUGUACGGCGGAUCCCUCCUGACAGUUAUAGAUCAGGUGUUUCCGUGAAUGGAGCAGCACUUAGAUAUAGAACAUCGGAUGGCGAGUUUUUAGGCACUGGUGCCAAGGACGAGCAAUAUCUUCACUAUCUUUACGAAAAAACACGAAACAACAGAAAGAGACAGCGAGGUUUCCAGAUGGAAGAUGAUGUUUGGGUAGUAGGCGCUGGACCUACUGGUUUGGUGAAUAAUGUCCGCUUGUGGGCUAAUGACUGUGGAUUUCAUUUCCAUGCUGAAUGCUUUAACGUAUAA